AACAAGCCAGAGUGCAUGAUGGCGGCGUCGCUGCUGCGCCGGGACAAGAGAGCUGCUGCCGCUUACUUGAAGGCAGACCUAACCCGGACUGACAACAGCUCCGGGCUCCGAGAGCUUCGGGAGCUGCUCGACGCUGUACUAAAUCCCGAGAAAACGGCGGCGGACACUGAAGCUCUGGACUGGUGUAAAUGUCUGCUGGCAGGGGGCGAGGGUUUCGAGGAGUUCUGUAAGACGGUCCGCUCCUAUGACAACGCGACUCUGUGCGGAUUGGUGUGGACGGCUAAUUUCGUAGCAUAUCGAUGCCGGACGUGUGGCAUCUCUCCUUGCAUGUCACUGUGUGCGGAGUGCUUUAAUAAUGGAGAGCACGCAGGCCAUGAUUUCAACAUGUUCAGGAGUCAGGCUGGCGGGGCCUGUGACUGUGGAGACAGUAAUGUCAUGAGAGACAGCGGGUUUUGUCUGAGGCAUAGGUUAAGAACUGGAGAAAAUGUCCCCUCGAUACCUCGAGAUCUUCUCCUCAUGUCAGAGAUAGUCCUCCCCCGUUUUAUCCUGUGCAUCAUACAGUAUCUGAGAGAUGGAUACAUUGAACCAGACACCUCAGCUGAGAGAGAUCUACAGAAAGUCCUGCAACAACUCGAGCCUCAGAUCUCCUUCUUGGAGGAUCUCACAAAGAUGGGAGGAGCAAUGAGGACUGUACUGACAAAGAUCUUGACUAAUCAGCAAACAUACAAGGAGUUGAGCAUGGGCCAAGAAGAUAAUGUUUAUGCUAAAAAGAACUAUGACAAGUAUUUGUCAGCAUUGAAGAAUUCAGGUCUGGUUUCUGUGGAGGAGAAAGCCCAGGCUGUUACAGCUGAUGUUACUGUUGGAGCUGAAGGAGGUGCGGGAGCAAUGGCCCUGCUGGGAACCACUGGACCAGGAAGCCCAGAAGAAUCUACUAAAGAGGAGGAUCAAGAUGGAGAGCAGUCUGUUGGUCAGAGGAAAAGGGUUAAGCUGAGCAGCAGUACCAAAGAUCCAUUCAUUAUUGAAACACUAAAGCAUAAAUGCUUUCUGGAGGAGUUGUUGUUUUGGACAAUAAAAUUUGAGUUUCCCCAGAAAAUGGUCACAUUCUUAUUAAAUAUGUUGCCAGAUCAAGAUUACAAGAUUACAUUUACAAAAACGUUUGUUCAACAUUACGCCUUCAUCAUGAAAACUCUGAUGAAAAGCCACGAGUCGGAUACAAUGUCCAACCGCAUCGUGCACAUCAGCGUGCAGCUGUUCAGCAACGAGGAGCUGGCCCGACACAUGACGGAGGAGUGUCAUCUGCUGGACAUCAUGGUCAUGGUCCUUCACUACAUGAUGGAAAGCUGCCUUGUUAAAAGUGAACUUCAGGAUGAAGAGAACAAUCGACAUGUUGUGGUAAACUGCAGCGAAGCGCUACUGAAGAACAAUACGUAUUGGCCUCUAGUCAGUGAUUUUAUCAAUAUCCUGUCACACCAAAGUGUAGCUAAAAAGUUCCUAGAGGACCACUCGUUACUGAUGCUUUGGAUGACCUUUGUUUCAUAUUUUCAAGGUAUGAACCUGAAUAAGCGGGAACUGAACGAGCAUGUGGAGUUUGAGUCUCAGACAUACUACGCAGCAUUUGCAGCAGAGCUCGAGGCCUGUGCACAACCAAUGUGGGGCCUCUUAACACACUGCAAAGUCAAAGAGACACAGGAAUAUACAAAAACGGUGGUUCGCUACUGUUUGGAGGCCCUGCAGAUUUGGUUUGAUGCCAUUGGCUUCAUUGAUGAGCCUGCUCAAAAUCAAGUGACGUUUCACCUGCCACUCCAUCGCUAUUACGCCAUGUUCCUCAGCAGGGCUGUAAAAUGCCAAGGCUUAGAUUUGGAUAGCCUCCUGCCAGACCAGGAGAUGCUGAUGAAGAUCAUGGUGCAUCCUCUCCAAAUCCAGGCAUGUCUGUCAGAGAUCCACAGUAAUAUGUGGGUCAGGAAUGGGCUCCAGAUAAAAGGACAAGCCAUGACUUAUGUGCAAUCACACUUCUGCAACUCCAUGAUUGAUCCAGACAUCUAUCUGCUCCAGGUUUGCGCAUCAAGACUGGAUCCAGACUACUUUAUUUCAAGUGUAUUUGAGAGAUUUAAAGUAGUUGACCUCUUGACGAUGGCGUCUCAGCACCAGAAUGCUGUGUUGGAUUCUGAGCAAGAAAGGCCAAUGCUAGAAGGAGCACUGACCUUUUUGGUCAUUCUGACAAGCCUCCGCAUUCAUCAAGGCAUGACCGAUGAUGAGAUCCUUCGAUCUGAGAUGGUCUCUCAGUUGUGCAUGAAUGAUCGAACACACAGUGCACUACUAGACCUUAUUCCUGAAAAUCCCAACCCAAAGAGCGGCAUUGUACCGGGAAGCUGUAGUUUUGAGGAUGUGCUCUCUGCUGUGGCUGAUUUCAAAGCUCCCGUGUUUGAGCCGGGAGGCUCCAUGCAGCAGGGAAUGUACACACCCAAAGCCGAGGUGUGGGAGAAGGAGUUUGACCCCAUCAUGGUCGUUCUCAGAACAGUCUAUCGCCGUGAUGUUCAGUCAGCAAUGGACAGAUACUCAGCGUUUUUGAAGCAGUAUGGAAUUCAUACUGGCAACCCAUGGCCGCCUUACAAAGAGAGGACUCCCCUGCAUCCCUGUUACAAAGGACUAAUUCGCCUGUUGCACUGCAAGACUCUGCACAUAGUGAUAUUUACUCUCCUUUACAAGAUAUGGAUGGAUCACCAGAACAUGUCUGAACACGUGCUGUGCAUGGUGCUGUACCUGAUUGAGUUGGGCUUGGACAACCAGGUUCAGGACACCAAGGAGGAGGAGGAGCCCUGCAUUGAGGAGCACUGUCAUGACAGCUGGUUCCCAGGCACCAAUCUUCUCUCCAAUCUGCAUCAUGUCAUCAACUUUGUGAGGGUUCGAGUUCCUGAGACAGCUCCUGAGGUGAAGAGGGAGCCUCCCCCCAGCACAAGCACUGAAGCCUCUUCCUAUGGCCAGAACCUAAGAGAAGCUCAGAUGUUCAGCCUCGUGGCGGAGCGCAGGAGGAAGUUUCAGGAGAUAAUCAACCGGAGCAGCACCGAGGCCACUCAAGUUGUCAGGCCCAAGAGCUCUUCAACACGCUGGGGUUCACCAGGCGCAACCCCCCAGCUGGUUACCGAGAUCCUGGAGAUCCGAGAAAGCAUGCUGUCCCUCCUCAUCAAGCUCCACCAGAAGAUGUCCUCCAAGCAGAACUCUCUGUCGGCGUCAUGGCUGGAAGACAUGGACAUGAGUCGUCACGCUCAUGGAGAUGGCAUUACAGCCAUUGAGCGCAUCCUUACCAAGGCGGCUACACGCAGCUGCCAAAUCAAGCGUAGCAUCCAGGACAUUUGUGGAAAGGUUUGUCCGCCAGUGCCACCAAAGAAGAACAGUCCCACAGACAAGAAAGCCAUGGACAAAGAAGAAAGACGUCAGAGAGCUCGAGAGAGGCAGCAGAAACUGCUAGCUGAAUUUGCAUCAAGACAGAAGAGUUUCAUGGAAACCGCCAUGGAUGUUGAAUCUCCAGAGACUGAGGCAGCCAUGGAUUUAGGAUCAACUGAAGUGAUGGAGUCUGAGGUUCUGUAUGACUGUGUGAUCUGUGGACAGAGUGGACCCUCCACUGAGGACCGACCCACAGGUUUGGUGGUUCUCCUCCAGGCAUCCUCAGUUCUUGGACACCGCUGUAAAAAUGAACAGCCUAAAAAUCUACCAACGAGUGACGAAGAGCAUAUAUACCCUGCAGACACAUGCGGCGCCACUAACGAUGUCAGGCUCACGCUGAUGCAGCAGUUCUUCAAAGACAGCUCUUGUCUGCAGUCUUUGUCAAUCGGCUGGGAUGGAGGCGUCUAUGUCCAAACCUGUGGACACACUUUGCAUAUAGAUUGCCAUAAGUCCUACAUGGAGUCUCUGAGGAAUGACCAGGUCCUCCAGGGUUUCUCUGUUGACAAAGGUGAGUUUACAUGCCCACUGUGCCGACAGUUUGCCAAUAGUGUCCUUCCAUGUCGCCCUGGCCGUGGCACAGAAGCCGGUGCAUGGCACUCACCCACAAACAAAAUGACGACCGUACUUGUAAAAGAGGUGGAAGACCUGCAGGAGAAACUUGGCCUAUUCCCAACCGAGUCCAACUUCAGUAAAGAGAUGGAGUUGUUAAUUAAAGACAUCAAGAACACCACUCAGAAAAAAUACAUGGACUAUGGCAAGAACCCAGGUUCCCCUGACAACGACUUCCUCUUCAUGUAUUCAGUGGCAAGGACCAACUUGGAGCUGGAACUUGUGCAUCGAGGAGGAAACUUGUGCUCUGGUGGAGCCAGUGCAGCUGCUAAACGCUCAUGUCUAAAUCAGCUGUUCCACGUGUUGGCCAUGCACAUGCGACUUUACAGCAUUGAUUCAGCCUACAACCCAUGGACGAAGUUGACUCAGGCUGCAAAAGAUAGAGAGAUGGAUGGCUUUGAUGAAGAGAGACCUGAGGUCCCCAUGCUGUUUCGAGAUGUCCCAUCCCUCCUCAUUAUCUUUGUUCUAACUAUGCCACAGCCUCUGCGCAAAGAGCACUUUACCUGUGUGGUCAAGAUGCUGUACAACCUUCAGUUCACUCAGGCUUUGGCCACACUGUCUACCAAGCUCAGCUCAGAGGAAAGGCAGGCCUGGGUCACGUCUGGAGCACUUAAAAAGAAAACUGUAAACUCUGAAAAGUCUUCUGAAGCUCUGCUCAGUCAUGUUAUCAGCGAGCUCUCAAAGGACAAGAGUGUUUACAAGGUGAACUCUGAAGAAUCGACAAUGCUGAGCUCCAGUGUGUGGUCCCCACAGUCUAUUGAGUUCAGCCUCCAGCAGUUCUGUCUGCCCUUCCUUCGCCUCUCCUGCCUUCUGCAGCACCACCUUUAUGGAGACACUCUAACUGGCUGUCUGGAUGAAGAGGAGUUUUCCUCCCUGGCUGUGUGUGUGGGGCUGCUGCCCUCAGCCCCUCAGCCUUCCAGCGCCGUGCACAGUGCCUCAUGUCUGGACUGGCCCGUCAGCGCCUUUGACUUGGUGACGCAGUGGUGUGCUGAGGUCACAGAGCUGACUCUCAUGCAUCCUGAGCAUUCACUGACCUUGCUGGUCCAAGAUCCUCAGUGGGCAGCCCCUCGCCUUCUCCAGCUACCUGACAACUACAACAUCAUCUUCCAGUACUAUCACAGAAAGGCCUGCACUGUCUGCAAAAAGGUGCCAAAGGACCCCGCUCUCUGCCUGGUUUGUGGCGCGUUUGUCUGUCUCAAAGGCGUGUGCUGCAAACAGCAGGGAAUCUGUGAAUGUGUUUUGCACUCCCGACAUUGUGGCGCAGCUACAGGCAUCUUUCUGCUGAUUAAUGCCUCGGUCAUCAUCAUCAUCCGUGGACAUCGUUUCUGUCUGUGGGGAUCCGUUUACCUCGACGCCCACGGAGAGGAAGAUCGCGAUUUACGCCGUGGCAAGCCGCUGUUCUUAUGUGAAGAGAGAUAUCGAGUGUUGGAGCAGCAGUGGGUUUCUCACACCUUCGAUCACAUCAAUAAGCGUUGGGGGCCUCACUAUAAUGGACUCUGAGAUCUUCCCAAGUUCAUUAAAAGCAAACGACAAAAAAAAAAAAAAA